GUAGCAUGCAAAGAAAUGAAGACAAGUGAAGAUAUCUGAUAGAUGAUCACUCUUCUUGGACACUGGUGAUAUGGACGAGGAUGAAGAUGACAUUUGGGAUUACAAAUCUAUCAAGAAAGUCAAACAGAGUGUAGGUAAACCAAAGAGAGCAGCAGCGAAACAUAAGAAGAAGAAUCCGUCAAAUAAACAACAAUCAAAUAGUUCCCAAGAUAAGAGGAAAAGAAAAACACCAACAAAGGUCAGAAAUAGUCAGAAAACUCCCCAGAAGAAAACCAAGGAAUCACCCAUUGAGUCAAAGACCAGCCAGACCCUUACACGUCCCCAGGGUGUAUGUCCGAAUUGUCAGGUGCCCCUGGCUUGUUUAGGGAUUUUGUCACCAACAUGGCAUGUCACAGAAUGUAUGGAGGCUGAGUUACAGCCCAAGGCAGAUUGCCCAGAAGGUUUGUCAUGUGACAGUACAAUAGAAAGUCACUAUCGGGAGUACUCCCACUACAGACUGGCACUAGCUCGAUGUACAAAGAGAGAAGAGUGUAUAGAAAAUCAGGAGGAAAACAAAAUAGCAAGAAAGGAAUUAAAGUUUGCAGAAGAGUGUGUUCCAAAUCAGGAAAAGAUUUCAAAAGCAGAAGAAAAUAGGAGCCAGAUCAAUGACGAUAAUAGGUCAGAUGGUGGAAGUGAAGAUUUAUUGAGUCAACGAAGUUUAUCGGACAUUUUGGAUGCUGCUCAGAGUGACAGUGAUAUAGAUAGAGUCUCGUCAGAUGAGGAGUCUGAUGAUGAUGAAGGACUGGUCAGCAGUUUGUUGCCGGAGGAGGAGGAGGAGGAUGGUGGCUUACAGACAGAAAGCACCAUGUGUUUCUCUACAGAAGAGGAUGAUGCAAAAGACUUACAAAGACUGGAAGAAAAGGAUAUUUUUGGGAAUUGUGAUAACACCCUUUGUUUUUCUUCGCAAGAUGAGACAUGUGGAAAAAAUGAAAUUUGUGAACAGAAUAAAAAGAUGCAGAAGAGUAAGAGGAAGUCUUUGUCACCAAUGAAGGCAAGUCCAAGGAAGAAGAACAAAAUUCAAGAGAAAAAGGCAGACAAUGAGCUAUGCACAUCUAUUGGGAAUAAUAAACAACAUGACCAUGUUGGCAUGGAGAAAGCCAACAGCUUAAAAGCUAAAAAAUUAGAAAGUCCAAAAAAUACAUUGAACAAAGAGGAAGUGUGUUUAUAUAUUUCUGAUUCAGAUUCAGAUUUUGAAGAUUGUGAAAGUACUGCUUCUCUGUCUCAGAAAAUGCAAUGGGCCAGAAUACUCACUCCACAAAGAUGUUCACAAAACUCAGGGAGCUCUCAGAAACACUCAGGGAGGAAAAGCUUGUCACAGAAAUCUACCUCCUCAAAAAAAUCCUCAGUCAGGAAGCGACAAAGUUUACCCACAAAUUUGAAAACCUCACAGAAAUCUGCUGAGAAGAAUGGGUUGCCACCGAAGCCAAACUCAGGGAAGAAGAAAAAGGGUCAGUCAGGUAUAAAGCUCAUCCCUAGUAAACAGAUCUCAGAGGGUAAUAUGUCAUUAGGUAUUCAUUCUAAAUCCCAAGGAAAACAAUCACAGUUGGAGAAAACAACACAUGAUAGCAGUGUUAUCAAUGGGCAUAAGGGCAACAAACAAACUUCUCUGACUUCGUUUUUCUUUGGGAAGAAUUUAAGAUCUUCUGCAUCGGGAACCAGUGUAGAACAGCAGGUCACCUUUACAACACUUGUUUCUGAUUCAGAUAUCGAAACAAGUACUGUGACUACUAAAAAAAGUGAAUUUGUGACUUCUAGAGUCAGUAGAAAUGCACUGGAUGAAGUUACCAACAAAGUGAAUGGUUCAACAAGUCAAGAGGUUGUGCCAUCAGAAGAAGGCUUUGGUGUUUUAAGAAGGAGUCAACGAAAGCUAGCAGAUAGUAAGACGAUAGUUGAUAAGAAUAAUUCUUCCAGCUCUGUUUUAACCAAUAUUUCUUCAGCUUUGGACAGUGGGUUUGGUUCCUCUAAAGGUACAGCUACAAAGUUAAGUAAUGUGGACUCCCACAAAACUAAUAAAAACUUGACUCUAGAGAGUAGUAAGCAAAAUGCAAUGGAAAUUCUUAUGUCAAAGCAAGAUAAGAAAGGCAAACCAAAGGCAGUGGAGAAAUCUGUUAAAGAGGUGAAGGUGUCAGAGCUUACAGUUCCCUCGGCAGAGAGUCAACAGAGUAAGCCAAACAAUUAUAGCAAGAAGAAUUGUCCAUUCUACAAGAAAGUUCCAGAUACUGGCUUCACAGUGGAUGCAUUUAGCUAUGGAGUCGUCCCAGGUUGUAGGGGGUACAUUCUUUCCCAUUUUCAUUAUGACCAUUACAUGGGUAUGACCAAGUCCUUCUCACAGCCAAUCUACUGCAGUAAGAUCACCGCUAAUUUGGUUAUUUCCAAAAUCAAAGUGAACGAGUCGUUUGUUCAUGCCUUGCCUAUGAACAAGCCCUGUGUUGUGGAUGGAGUGGAACUGACAUUCCUGGAGGCCAAUCAUUGUCCUGGGUCUGUGCUGAUCCUGUUUAAGUUGAAGGAUGGCCGUGUGUUUCUACACACAGGAGAUUUCCGAGCUGACCCCAGCAUGGAGAAGUAUCCCCCCUUGGUUGGAGUUCGAAUAUCACAGCUUUACCUAGAUACUACGUACUGUAAUCCUACCUAUGCCUUCCCAUCUCAGAAAGAAGUGAUAGCAUUUACGGUCAAUUUAGUACAGAAUGAACUUCAGAGAAAUCCAAGGACUCUCAUUGUAUGUGGUUCCUACACCAUAGGCAAAGAGAGAGUCUUUAUAGCUGUCGCAGAGGCCCUUCAGUGUAAGAUUUGUGUUUUACGAGACAAAAAGAACAUCCUAGACUGUCUAGAAGAUGAUAGCCUGAGAAGGAAGCUCAGUCUGAAUUUCAACGACUCUUGUCUUCAUGUUUUACCCAUGGGAAAAUUAAAGCCAAAUGCUCUGUUGGAACACUCCGAGAAGUUGACUGUUCGGUAUAAAAAUAUUCUGGCGCUAGAACCUACUGGUUGGACCUUCAGCAAAAUCAAUUCACUGCAGGAGAUAAAACCCAAAUAUAACAGGGAUGGCAUCAAGAUUUAUGGUAUGUGAGGAAAACAAAAAUGAACAAAACUUACCAUCAUUCUUAUGAAAUUUUGAGUAAAAAAACUACUUUGUGUUUUGAUUUUGCUUUUUGGAUUACCCAUUGUCCGUCAUCUAUCCAUCCGUCUUUAAAAUUUUUACAUUUUUCAAAUAUUUCUCAAAAACCACUGGGCAAAUUUUAAUCAAUAUUGGUACAAAGCAUCGUUGGUUGAAGGGAAGUUAUAGUUGUUAAAGGGGCUAGGGUGUUGUGUCCUUUUCAGACUAUUUUUACCCCC